AUGGUCGAUAAAGAAUCUAACGCUCUCGGCGCUGUUUAUCAACUCGGUAUCGACUCACGCAAGCCAAAGAAGACGAUUGAGAGGAGGACUGUCGAAUACGCGGGUGAAUUAGCUGCCUGGAAUAGAGAUCGUAGGAAUAUCACAAGUCCUCGUCCAAAUCAAUUCCUUAGACCUGGUUUGGAUCAUAUUGUUGAGCUGCGCCCCCCUGAAGCUUACAGCAAUCCAACUACUUCGAUUGCUGCAAAAUUCGUUCAAGCAUCCGUCAAUAAGAUCAAGUGCUCUAUCAAUGUUGUAGCUUGGACCCCAGAUGGUCGUCGUCUACUCACUGGCUGUCACUCUGGUGAAUUCGUCUUGUGGAAUGGCUUAACUUUCAACUUUGAGACUAUCUUACAAGCUCACGACUCCUCCAUUAGAGCCCUCGCAUACACUUACUCUGGCGACUGGAUCAUUUCCGCUGAUUCUGCCGGUACUGUCAAAUAUUUCAACCCCGCCAUGAACAAUGUUGCUGCUUGGCAGGCACAUGGCAACAAAGAUACCGGUAUGGACACUGCCAUACGUGGUGUAGCAGUCUCUCCCACUGACCAGCACUUUGUUACCGCAUCCGACGACCAGACGCUUAAAGUUUGGGCAUUUGGUGAGCAUCGUGAAGAGCGUACCCUCACAGGCCACGGUUGGGACGUAAAAUGUGUUGAUUGGCAUCCUCACAAAGGUCUUAUAAUGAGCGGCGGUAAAGACAAUCUCGUCAAAUUCUGGGAUCCAAGACGGCCGUCUGAUCUAUCUACCUUGCACGGACACAAGAACACAGUACAAACGUGUAGAUUCUCUCCUGAUGGUUUGCUAGCUGCCACUGGAUCACGUGAUCAAAGCGUCAGAGUUUUUGAUCUACGCGCAAUGAAGGAUCUUACAGUUUUGAAAGGUUUCGAUAGGGAGGUAUGCUCACUGGCUUGGCAUCCUAUUCAUCCGGUGCUUGUCACGGGUACGGCGACAGGCGCUAUGGUUUACCAUUCCCUCGCUCACCCUCACGACCCAAAGAGUACAACAAACCCUAUAGCGAGUGUCGACUGGGCCCACGAGAGUAGUGUGUGGUCAAUGGCUUGGCAUCCCCUCGGUCACCUCAUGGCGUCAGGCUCUAACGACUAUACUACACGCUUCUGGGAGCGCGAGAGACCGGGAAGAGCCGUUGGGAGGGAUAAGUUCCAUCACGGUCCUAUGUCAGAGGAGGAAGAGAAGGCUUUACUUCAAGGUCCUUCCAUCUCCCCACAAACCAACAAGUCGGAGGACGAGGACAUGCCCUUACCUGGACUCGGGAACACAAACACUGGCAUCAACAGUAUUUAUGCUGUCGGUCCAAUUGAAGGCCCUCUGCCUGGCUUCGACGGGUAG